AUGGUGUUCGAGAUGACGCGAGCUCCCUGGAACCCGGAGCAGCAGAUUGAGCGGCCGCGGAUCACCAAGAGGGUCCUGGACACGGAGGACCAGGCUGCCUUCCGGCUCCAGUCCAAGAUACCCAGAUACAUCUACUUCGCGGCCAACAGCAAAAACAAGUGGGGCCACCAGCGUGGUUACCGGAUCCAGAUCACCAGCUUUGCGGGGGACCACGUCCCCGAAGCCAGCUCCAUGGAGAGGGCCAUCAGCUGGGCGAGGUACCAGCUGGCCGUCACCCUGCGCAAGGAGGAGGAGCCCACCAGCACCAGCAUCUACAACCAGAACGACCCCUGGACGCCCACCGUUGCCUUCGCCGACUUCAUCGACAACGAGACCAUCACCAACGAGGACCUGGUCGCCUGGAUAACCACCGGUUUCCUCCACAUCCCGCACUCUGAGGAUAUUCCCAACACUGUGACGGUGGGAAACGCGGUCGGCUUUCUCCUGAGACCCUACAACUACUAUGACCUGGACCCCUCCAUAUACUCGCACGACGGCGUGUUUUUCACCAGCGAGCAGGACUUCAUGGCGUGUGAAGUCAACCCGAUUGCCUGCCUGCCCAAAACUGCCUCGUGUCUGCCAAACUUCCCCCCAUUCACCUAUGAUGGUUUCCAAAAU